UCUCGCGGAUAAAAAUGGCCGCACUGUUGUCUUCAUGCUUGUAUUUGAUGAUAUGACAUUGAAUUAUCGUAAGUUUUUUGUUGUAAUCAGCGAAAACUAGAAGAGACUCUGACUUAUAUCUCACAUUUUCAUAAAAACAGAAGUCAUAAUGUCUGAAAGUACUAGCCCCAGUGUUUUAAGUUAUCUAAGGCAGUAUAGGUUUCAAAGGAAACCUAACGCUCCAGGGUCUAGCGGUACAAUGACUAUUGCAGCAUCAUCAUCAAACUCUCAAUCCAUCAUAAGAAUGCCAGCUCCUGUGGGCAAUAGGAAUGGGCCCAUUGUUUACAAACGAAUAAGAAUAUUGGAUUCAGAUUCAGAUGACUCCCCAUCACCGGCUAAGAAGCCUGCCACAGCACAAGUGGAGCUCACCACAGGGGUUAAAGAGAGGAGAUUCCGGAAUAUGCUAGAAAUGUUUCCAGAGAUAAGUCCCAUGUUAAUAAAGAAUACAUUAGUGAAACAAGGCUGGAAUGAAGAGCGUACAAGAGAUGAGCUGUUGAAAAAUGAUCCAGAAACUGUUGAUAAGGGUUCAUCCAACUUUAUAAGCCCGCGGCCAUGCUUCUCCGGUAAUAUGUCACGGUCUAACGGAAAUAUGGGUAUUGUUAGAGUGACCAGUGGUAGACCAGUUACAGUAGUUAAGAAAGCAUUAGCCUCUAAAGGUGGGAGAGCCAGACGGGGCAGUAGUGGCAGUGAAGAUGAAGAUUAUGGAGUCAAGAAAGGAAAGGAUGACAAAGUAUAUGACAGUGAUGACUCUGAUAAUGAAGUGACUGAUGACCUUGUGGGUGACAAACGUAAAGUAUUUGAAUUUCUGAACACAAGUAACAUGAAUGAGUUGUCACUGUUGAGUGGCUGUUCGCAGAAGAAGGCAGAAGCUAUUAUAGGAUUAAGGCCAUUCAAUGGCUGGUUAGAUAUGGUAGAAAAAUUCAAUAGUAACAAAUUAUUGAGUACAGAGUUAUUAAAUUCGACUCAACUAUUAUUAAGCACUAGGAACAAUAUCCAGCGUCUAAUGAAGAAGUGUGUGGGCUUGGCGCAGCAGUUGGAGGCUGCGGUGGCCGCUGGGGCUGGGAGACUCAAACAGCCUAGUAUUUUGGACACUAGUUUAAAACUAGCUCCUUACCAGUUGGUGGGUCUGAACUGGUUAGCGGUGCUGCACAAGCAGGGUGUGUCCGGUAUACUGGCGGAUGAGAUGGGGCUCGGUAAGACUGUGCAGGUGAUAGCAUUCCUCGCACACCUCAAGGAGACUGGACAAGCACGUGGUACACACCUGAUUGUGGUCCCGGCUUCUACAUUAGACAACUGGAGCGGCGAGCUGGCGCGCUGGUGUCCGUCACUGCGAGUCAGCAAGUACUACGGCAACCCUGAAGAGCGCCGUCAGCUCCGCGUGGAGUACGCACGAGGACUGGAUAACAUCGACGUCGUACUUACCACAUACACGAUGGUGAGCAGUUGUCCUGAGGAGCGCAAGAUGUUCAGAAUAACAUCUAUGCACUAUGUCAUUUAUGAUGAAGCUCAUAUGUUGAAGAACAUGUCUACACAAAGAUAUGACAAUUUAUUGAGGAUCAAGUCGAAACACCGUCUGCUGCUGACGGGCACGCCGCUGCAGAACAACCUGCUGGAACUGAUGUCUCUGCUGUGCUUCGUGAUGCCGCACAUGUUCUCCGGGAAGACGGACGACCUCAAGAGCUUGUUCCAGAAGAAUGCAAAAGUGAAAACAAAAAAGGCGAAUGGUACUGUUUCUCCAGAAGAUGAUGUGCCAGCAUUCGAGGAGAGUCAAAUCCAACAAGCCAAGAGGAUAAUGAAGCCUUUCGUGCUGCGAAGACUGAAGCGGGACGUGCUGCAGGACUUGCCCAAGAAGACCAACCACACGGAGCUGUGCCCCAUGUCCGGUAAACAGCAGAUGCUGUACAAGAAUCUCAUCGCUGCGUUCUCAGCUAAGGAUGGCACGAUUCAUGCGACGACCGAGCAGAGUGGGUUAUCGAUGAUGAUGGAUAUGCGGAAGCUGGCCAACCAUCCCCUGCUGCUGCGAUACCACUAUACAGAGAAUGUUCUACGCAAGCUGGCGGGGCGACUGGUGCGAGAACACGGCUAUAAGGAGAAGAACGAACAAUAUGCAUAUGAAGACCUGCUCUGCAUGUCCGAUUUCCAGAUACACCAGCUGACACUCACCUACCCUAGUAUAAGAUCUCAUUCCAUCCCUGACCACCUUAUCCUGGACUCGGGCAAGUUCCAAAAGCUGGACGAGAUGUUGCCCCGGCUGCAGGCGGAGGGUCACCGUGUGCUGGUGUUCAGUCAGUUCACCAUGAUGCUGGACAUCCUCGAGCCCUACCUCAAGCUGCGCCGCUACCGGUACCUGCGGCUGGACGGCAGCACCGCUGUUACUGAUAGACAAGAGUUAAUAGACCAGUACAAUACGGAGGAUAUCUUCGUGUUCCUGCUGUCGACUCGCGCCGGCGGACUCGGCAUCAACCUGACGGCCGCGGACACCGUCGUCAUACACGACAUCGACUUCAACCCAUACAACGACAAGCAGGCGGAGGACAGAUGUCAUAGAAUGGGUCAGACCAGACCUGUGACGAUAUACCGGUUGUUAAGCGCCGGUACGAUAGAGGAAGGAAUAUAUCAAGUGGCGCAGGAGAAGUUGAACUUGGAGAAACAUGUUACAGGAGCUGACGAAAAUGAAGCAGCGGAACAGAAGAAUGUUGUGCGACUGCUGUCAGUCGCGCUCGGCCUCACCUCGCCCAACAAAUGAUUGUUGGCCAAACAUAAUGCUGGCGUCGUCUUAGUACCGCAAUCAACGACACUUGCACAAAUGUGAACGUGGAGCGAACAAAACUGCAAAUCUAGACAUUUGUCCAAAUGGAACUAUCUUUUCUUCAUCUAUGAGUGACAUUUGCCCAGAUAGUACCAACAUUCAUUCAUAUGUUACCAAUAUUUGUCCAAUUGGAACCAACGUUUGUUCAUGUGACCUGCAUUUUCCCAAAUUUAACCCACAUAUGUCAUAUUACAUUUGCACAAAUGUUGACAGAAUUGACCAUAAAAGCUUGCCCAAUAGUGACUUGUACUAAAAAUAUCCAGUGCAUAUUGUUGCUGCAGUGACGUAAGUUAUAUUUAUCUUACCUUUUGUAUGAGGGUUUUAGGUCCAUUAAGACCGGAGCUGAGAUCAGAGCUAAUUAUUGCAAACGAAAUUGAACAGAUAAGGUUUAGUGUAGUUUGAUGCUUGUUCUUUGAUAAGAUGCAAAGGAAAAUAAACCUUGUUUCAAUUAGAUAAGGCUCAAUUUUAUUUGCGAUAUAAUUAAGCUCCAGUCUGAAUUGGACCCUUUGAAUGUAAUGACGUCACUUAUAUUGCUGUCUUUGUUUAGUCAAAAUGAAUAAAAGAGAUGUCUAUAUGUGUGACAAUUGUCGUGUUUGUAACCACAUUAACUUUGAUUAUGAGUUUGUAAGUAAUUGUAUAUUCAUGUAAAUUCUAGGAUACAGUAAAACUGAUGUAUAAUAACAUUUAACCUAUAUUUUAAUUAAUGAGUUGUAUAGAAUUAAAAAAAAAAAUUGUGAACACUAAAAAUAUAUUUAAAAACUUUAGCAGUUCACUCAAAGAAUAGGAUGACUGUCUCUACUACUUUGCCAGGUACCAUCCUCACCAUCUCGAUAGCUGGCUUUCCACAACCGUGCGGUUUUCGCGGAGCUUUCUGCAUAGCCGC